CAUCGGUUCGGUUUGUUAUUUUUUCUUCGCGAAAGAAAAAAAAACAAACCCAGUUUGGAAAAUUGGUUUCUUUUUUUUCUAACUGGGGGAACAUUUACCCAAAAUAAAAAUACAAAAAGGAAAACAAACAGAAAAAUAAUAAAAACAUUAAUAAUUUUUUUUUUUUUUGGGGGACACUUAAAAAAUUUUUGUGUUGAAAAUUAAUUAAAAAAAAAAAAUUUCCAUAUGUAAAAUAAAAGAAGAUGGAAAAAGAAAUGAAGAAAAAUUAAUUAUUGUGGAAAAAGAAAAAAAAAUCGAUUCACAAUCGUAAAUAGUUUUUGUGGUGAAAAAAAAAAUUAAAAAAAUAAGAAUAAAAAAUAAAAAAAUAUAAAAAAUUUUUGAAACACUCCUGGGAUUCAAUAAAUUUUGACAAAAAAAAAAAAACUUUUGAAAUAGAAAACCUGUAAGGAUUAUCGGCAAUUGAAAUUAAAAAAAAAAAAAUUGCUAAUGCUAAAACGGCUACAAAAUGAGCAGCUCCUUUAAAAAAUUAAUUUUCUGCUGUUUAGUCCUGUGGGCUAUAGCAGCAGUAACAAUGGGACAACAUUCACCAUAUUCUUUACAAGCUGCCGUUGAUGCUUUACACAGAAGAGAAUUACAAUUAGCAUUAAAAGAUAAUUACAAUAAUCCUCGUACCAGAUAUGCACCACCAGUAACCAUCGAUGAAGAUGAUUAUUGGGAUGGAAUUGAAACUGAAGGACCCUCUGAUCGCCGACGAUUAAAUAAACUUCUGGCAAGGUAUUUACAAAAUGAAGAAGAUAAUGAAAUGGCUGGUGGUGGCGAGAGUUACGAAAAUGAUUUUGAUGAUGAAAAUUUUAUACCAAUUGAGGAACGGAAGCGUUCAUUUUUCCGUGAAAACGAAAGAAAUGAACCACAAUAUAUGGGCUCAGUGUUUCGUGAACGUGAGUUCCCGAGAAAUAAUCAGCAAGAACUAACUGAGAAAUUUUUACGGGAAAUAGAAGAAGAACGGGAUUUAGAGCGUGAGGAACGAUAUAAGGAAGCAUUAAAAAAUCUUUGGGAAAAAUAUCAACAGCAAGAGAACGAAAUUGAAGAUGAACUCUUUGAGGAUGAAAAAAGAAAAAGAUUUUUAGUUCCAGAAAGUGACGCAGUUGGUAAUCAAUAUAUUGGUCCUCUAAUGCAAAGAAAACGAUCGUAUCCAGUUCUUCCAUGGUUACCCUAUAACAAGAAGAAACGAUUCCCGGUAGCAAAACGAUCACCAAAAAUGCCAAUGAAACCGUUUAGUACAUCUAAUGAAGCAAAUGGAAAUGAUCAGAUUUCAAAAGAUUUACAAGCUAUAUUUGGUCCGACAGGUGAAGAGAAAAAAAAGAGAUCAGUCAGCCCACUACCGAGUUCCACUUCUUCUGAAACUACAGUAUCAGCUGGAAUUUCUACAACUAUUUCAACUGAUAAAUCUCAUGAAGACAAUCAUAUUCAAGAAAAAAGAAAUGCCAAACCAGUAUCCUCAAAUGCGGAUCACAGUUCACAUAAUCAUCAUGGAGAACAUCAUCAGGCCAGUGGAACUGGGGAUCAUCGGCAUCAUAAUGAUGAUUCUAGUGAGUCUCGUGAAUCAGAAGAGGAACAUAUUGACGAGUCACAUGAGGAGGAACAUGAAGAUCAAUCACAUGAACAUGUUAGUGAGGAAGAAGAUGAUGAAAAAAAGAAAAAACGUAGUGUUGCUGAUAAGAAGAAUAUUAAAAAAACUAGUGAAGUUCCUGCUGCCACUAAAAAGAAACGUGCAAAUUUGGAAGUUGUGAAGGAAGACCAAAUUAUUCCGGGUGAUUUGGAAUCUCCGAAAAAGAAAUCAAUUGAUUGGUCGAAUUAUUUUGGCUUGGAUAGGAGGAAGAAGUCAAUUUUUCCACUAAAGAAGAGUAAAAAAAUGGUUCCACUAAAAAAACGAAGUCCAAUUGAUUUGUUAGCUGACGAAAAGCGGAGAAAAAGAAAUUUUAGUGAAGAGAAAUUGGAUCAAAUGGACAGUAAACUAAAAUCAAUUGAAGAUCUUAUAAUUGAUGAAACUAUUAAAUAUACAGGCGCACAUGAAGGUAUCAGAGAUCCAGAAAAGAUUCGUGAAUUAAAGGAUCAUGUUUUGUCAAGAUUGGCGACAGCUUAUAAUUUGGAAAAGAUGAGGAGAGCUUUGGAAAAAUUAAGGGAAUCUGUUGAAAACGAAAAUCAUUUAUCACGUAACGAAAUCGAAGCUCUUGAAGAUGAUACUAAAGAAAGAGAAAAAGCAGCUGCUGCUAAAAGAUUGUCUGUAAAAAAAGAGAAAGUGGAAUUUGAAAAUGAGCAUCGACAACCUGAUACUUCUGAAAAACAAACUGAAGGAUCCGAUAACAAUUUAAAAGAUGAUGAUGACGAAGAAAGAAAACGCAAAAAGAAAAGAAAUGGUGGUGGUAGCAUAAGAUUUUCUGAUACACCAAAUGAAUUAAGUGAAUUUGAAGAAGAAUUGGGUGCUGGCCAUUUUGAGCCACACAAUGACGUUUAUUUAGGACGACAAAAUAAUGGACCACUUUCUAUAAAUCAAUGCCCAAUAAUUGAUUCAAUGUCAGAACGUUGUAGAAAUGUUGAUAUAUUAAGCGGAGAUAUACAUCAAGAUCUUUUACCAAUUUGUGGAGUUCAUGAAUUAUGUUAUUUAUGUGGAAUAUCACCUGUUGCAUGCGACUUACAAUAUUUAUCAGAUGCCGAUAGUAUUUGCGGUCAUAAUAGUGAUUGUCAGUCAGCGGCAAGAUCAGUUUUAAUGAUAUUAAGAGGAACACCUGGACCACAACUUGGACCAAAGGAAUGUCUUAAAAAUCCGUGCUUGUAUCGUGUUAUGCGAGAAAUUGGUCUUUAAAAAUGAUUCUGAUGGAAAAUUUAAGAAAACGGAAAAUUAAUUUUAUUUUUUUUUUAAAUGAUUUUAUAAACAUGAAUUUAAUUUUUUUAAUAACAAUAAAGUAAAUUAUUAUUUUUUUUUUCAAAACUCAUUAUAAACUCAUUAAAAACUUAAAAUGAAAGAAUGUAAGCUGAAACAACCAAAAUAUAAAGAAAAGAAAUUUGCUUCUACUAAAAAAAAAAGAAAGUAAAAAAAAUUUUCUACAACCAAAACUAAUUAUAUUUUUUUCUAAUUAUUCUAAUAAGUUUUACAUUAUAUAUUUUCAUACUCAUAUAUAAAUAAAAUAAUAAUAUUAUUAU